CAGAUCUCUCUCCCUCUCUGCGCGGUUUAAGAUUGCUAACUUACGCCGGAGGUAAAAUAUCGAAGAAGAAGGGGCGUAUAAUAAAGAAGCAGAAGUUAAACCAGAACGAGCGUAUUUUAGCCUUCCACCAUUUCAAACACUCUCUCUCGUUCGUUCUUCUGUGCUCGUCUCUGCAUCAUAUGAUCUGAUUCAAUGGCUGCUCCACCAGCUAGAGCUAGAGCCGAUUACGACUAUCUCAUCAAGCUUCUCCUCAUCGGUGAUAGCGGUGUGGGUAAAAGUUGUUUGCUGUUGAGGUUCUCUGAUGGCUCCUUCACCACUAGCUUCAUCACCACCAUUGGAAUUGAUUUUAAGAUAAGAACUAUUGAGCUUGAUGAUAAACGCAUCAAGCUCCAGAUUUGGGACACUGCUGGUCAAGAACGUUUUCGCACCAUCACCACUGCUUAUUACCGUGGGGCAAUGGGCAUUUUGCUGGUGUAUGAUGUCACUGACGAAACAUCCUUCAACAACAUCAGGAACUGGAUUCGUAAUAUCGAACAGCACGCUUCAGAUAAUGUCAACAAGAUCUUGGUAGGGAACAAAGCUGAUAUGGACGAGAGCAAGAGGGCUGUUCCAACAUCAAGGGGUCAAGCACUUGCUGAUGAAUACGGAAUCAAGUUCUUUGAAACAAGUGCUAGAACAAAUCUGAAUGUGGAAGAAGUUUUCUUCUCGUUAGCAAAGGACAUUAAGCAGAGACUCACUGAUACUGACUCCAGAGCAGAGCUUGCGACGAUUAGGAUGAGCCAAACAGAUCAGGCGUCUGGAUCCGGACAAGCCACGCAGAACUCUGCAUGCUGUGGAACUUAAAGAGGUCCGAAUUUGAAGUGGAGUGGGAAAGAAACUAAUUUGUCAUGAGGGUAGUAGAAUCUUCUCAAAUUGAUUUGAUAUCAGAUUCUGUGGCUAGAUUGCUGAACUCUUGCUCAUAACUCAAAAUCUUUUCUUAGCUUUUGCUUUCUCUUUUACA